AUGGCUACGAAAACCUUGUUCGUAUUUGCAUCGCUACUAAUUAUGCUCGGCGCUAUAUUAUUGGGAAUAUCAAAUUUAUUACGUAGAAAUUGUAUCGGCAUCGGCGUCAGUUUAGUAAUCAUUGGAAUAAUAUUGGUCUUCGUAGCUUGCACGAAGCAAAAGCAAACGACGAGCUCAGUUGCAGAACCACAGACGUAUAUAGUAGCAACACCAAUCAUAGACCAACAGCCAAUUAUUGAACCGCAACGUGUUGAACAGCCACCGAGUGUUUUUCUAUAUGUCAGAGAAGAAGAAUAUGUGUGGACUCGGAAUUGA